AUGCUUUCAAGAACAAGACCAAUCUUAAGGUCUAUCAAGCCAAACAAUACAGCCUUCUUGCUCACUGGAGUUAGAAACUUACAUUUUACCCCCGUCGUUCGCCAGGAACAAUUAAAAUCCACCACGACAACCACCAAUACUGCCACCACUACUGCUUCUACAACCACCCCAGCACCAGAAGAACAUGAUGCUUCGAUUCCCUGGUAUUUAAGAGAAGGAGAAAGUUCUCAAAUAGACGCCGUAGAAAUUGAAUUGCCUGAAAUCCCCGAAUCUGCCCCUGCUACAAUUUCAGAAUUUUUGAACCUUAUUGCAACUGACUAUGGUAUGUCAGAUAUCGAAUUGUUUGAUUUAGCUGAAUUACGUGAAGAUCAUCCAAACACUGCCAGUGAGGGUUCCGAAAGAUAUAUUAUCAUUUGUUCGGGAAAACUGGAAAAACAUAUCUAUAAAGCAGCUACUGAAUUGAGGCAUUAUAUUAAGUCAACACAUGGUAUUCUUCCAGUUAUGGAAGGUGUUGUUUCCAAUGCUCUUAGUGCCGUUCAACGUCGUCGUUUGAGGAAGAGAUCUAGAAGAGGUCCAUUUGCUACUCAGAAUACUUUUGGAUUGGAAGGUAAUUCCUGGGUGAUUUGUGAUCCUAAUAUGGAUGGAAUUGUGAUUCAUAUGUUGACGCCUCAAAGAAGGGAACAAUUGAAUUUGGAAAGUCUUUGGACGGAAAUUGAAGAACCUGAACUUGAAUAUACUCCAUCGGGAAUUGAUUCUGAUAGUAUUUUUAGAGGGAUUCGUAGAUUUCAUACUUCUGCUCGACAAUUUGGAAAUGAAAAGAAAUUAAAAUUGGUAUUUAAACAUCUUCUCGAAGAAGAAGUAGGUGCCCCAGUUACGAAAUACAAACAGGAAUUUGAUGAAAAUUUCACUGGUGAAACUCUAGAAGAACAUAAUUUAAAAUACGACUUUUAUAAAGUGCUUCAUUUACUCGAUAAUCAAACUAUUCCAGAAAUCGUUCUUCUUGACACAAUAUGGGAUAAAUAUGCUUCAUUAAAUGUCCAAAUCGAAGACAUAAAACAAGAAAUCACACAAGAUGUUAUCAAAUAUUUAGAAUUGUUAGUUGAUUGUCCAAGUGAUUGGCAUCGUGACCCCAAGGAAAAAUUUAACAAAAUGGGGAAAUUCGUGUCUGCUAUUUCUCAUUUCGCUUCUCAAGAUUUAGAACUUCUUGGAAAUGAUCAAAUCCAAUCCUUAUUAUGGAGAUUAACAUACAACGGAUCGAAUGAAAUUGAUGGGGAUGCAUUACGUGAACUUGUAGAACAAGAAAAGGCUGACGAAACUCUAGUUGAAAAGGAUACAUUAGUUCAGGAUGAAAAUAUGAGAAGAGAUGUUUUGGAACUUAUUAAACAAUACAAUAAAGACACAAACUCCGAAAUGCCAAUUUGGUUCAGAGAACAAAUGAUGCUUACUUUUGGUAAUUGUGGCCACUGGGAUGCAUUUUGGCAAGAAUGGAAAGGUAUUCGUCAGAAUAUAACUGAUCCUAAGGAUGCGAUGACCUAUUGGGUCUUGUUGACUGUUUUCAUUGCACAAAGAAAUAAUAAAGAAGCUGUUAGAUGUUUCUUUAGUGAUUAUUGGAAUCAAGAUGAAUCUAUUAGAUCGUCAUUCAUGUCUGAUUUUCAAAAGAAUGAAAAUAAAUUCAAUAAUGAAAAGGAUAAGAUUGCGUUCGUGAAGGCAAUUAAUAAAAUCAAGAAUGAUUAUAGUGAUCGUCCAUGGUUUCAAGAACCAUUGGAAUUUGCUAAACAAAUUUCAAAAUGA